CUGGGACUUGCCCUCCCGCAUUCUAACCUACAACUUCUCCCACCACUGUAUGACCUCUUGGCUUCCUCUCAGCCUUCAGAAGAAAUAAAAGAUGUAUGCAAAGUAUUGUUCACUCAUGAGCUGAGCAGAACAGAGGAAGUGCCUUCUUGCUGCUCCUCUGAACUGGAAAAAGCCCCUGAGAAGACUUAGGAGGAUCCUAGUAGCUAGCUGCCUUGUUCCUCCUGCUUGCGCAGAUCCCUGUGACAGGGAUCAGGAACCAGUGUGAAGCGUCCUGGGACUCUGAGUGGCCGAAGACCAUCAAAGACCAUGUUUCCCACUGGGUGGGCGAUGAAACUGCACCUUUUGCUAAUGCUUCUGUCAGUGGGAUAUGCAGAGGAAACAUCCCAUACUGAUUCAUGCUAUCCUCAACCCUCUUGCCAUGCCUGCAUAGUGUCCCACCUCAGCUGUGCCUGGUGCAAGCAACUGGAUUUUGUGCAACCAGGUGAGUCAGACACAGGACGCUGUGCCUCCCGGGUGGAGUUGGAACGUCGUGGCUGCCUCCCCAGUGAAAUCAUUGAUCCCCGCAGUGAGAAGCAUGUCCUGGAGGACAGGCCCCUGAGCAACAGGAGCCAGCCGGAGAAGACCAUCACUCAACUGGCACCCCAAAGGAUAGCUCUUCGCCUUCGUCUUGAGGAAGAGCAGAGUUUCCAGGUGCGCUUCAAACGGGCUGAAGGUUAUCCUGUGGACCUGUACUAUCUCAUGGACCUGUCCUACUCCAUGAUGGAUGACUUGGAGAACAUUAAGCGACUGGGAAACGACCUGCUGGCUGCCUUGCGUGAUGUUACUACUUCCGUGAGGAUAGGAUUUGGCUCGUUCGUUGACAAGACAGUGGUGCCCUACGUGAGUAUAGCAGCCUCAAAGUGGAAGAACCCCUGCCCCACCUUAAUGAAGACCUGCCAGUCGCCGUUCAGCUACCAUCAUGUGCUGCCCCUGACUGACAAUGCCAGUGAGUUUGAGAGCAGAGUCAGCCAGCAACACAUCUCGGGGAACUUGGACGAUGCGGAAGGAGGUUUCGAUGCAAUCAUGCAGGCAGCCGUUUGCAAGGAGCAGAUUGGUUGGCGUAAUGUGACGCGGCUGUUGGUCUUCACUUCGGAUGGUGCCUUCCACACAGCAGGGGACGGGAAGCUGGGUGGGAUCUACAUGCCCAAUGACGGGCAAUGCCACCUGGAUGCCCAGGGACGAUACACGAAGAGCCACCUCUAUGACUAUCCUUCAGUUGGGCACUUGGCAGAGGUGCUCUCUCAAUCCAACAUCCAGCCCAUAUUCGCUGUAACCGGCAUUGUGCUUCCCAUGUACGAGGAGCUGAGCAAACUCAUCCCCAAGUCCGUGGUGGGGGAGCUGAAGGAGGAUUCCAGCAAUGUGGUGCAGCUCAUUGCAGAAGCUUACAGUAGCCUUUCCUCUACAGUGAAUCUGGAGCAUUCUUCAGACCUGCCCCCUGGGAUCUCCAUUGAUUACGACUCACAUUGCGGUGACUUGGAAACAGGCGGAAACAGAAACGGUGGAGAAUGCGUUGGUGUCCGUGUCAACCAGCUGGUGGAAUUCACGGUGAGGAUAAAAGCCAGCAUGUGUCUACCUGAACCCCGGAAGCUGAUAUUCCGAGUCCCAGGGGUGGCCGAGGAGCUGCAGGUAGAGCUGACAACGGUUUGUGAGUGCCAAUGUGGAGAUACCCAAACCUACGCAGAUCACUGUUCGGGUGGCCAUGGAAAUCUCACCUGUGGAGUCUGCCGCUGUCAGGAGGGAUAUGUUGGUCAGCUCUGUCAGUGCAAGCAAGAAGAACUGCUUGAUCCAGAGGCCACGUGCCAAGACGUAAACGAGGCAGGCCUGGGGUGCAGGGGCCAGGGCCAGUGCGUGUGUGGGAAAUGCCAGUGCAACAGCCCCCUUUGCAAGUGCGACAACCAAGGCUGCGAAAGGCACAACGGACAACUUUGCGCAGGUAAGUUCAUUCAUAGAGUGUCUCAGGAUGCCUCCUUUGGCAUCCUUGGGAAUUCUGGAGGACAGAGCCCCUGGCUGCACAGCUGGGACACAGAUUAUUGGGACACUGAGAGUGAAUCUUAGCCAUGCCUGACUGAGGAGGCAGCUCUUAUUUAUUUCAAUGGGAGCUACUGGCAGCUCAGUGUGUAUAGCAGGGG